ACAGCCUCAGAGCGCACGCUUUCGUCAAACACGUUCGCCGUUAAAACGUGGGGGCUUCCUUCAUUCGUGUAGUUGAGUCACUCUUCUUCCAACUCUAAUACAUAAUCCCCACCGCACGUUCGCCCACUCGCUCAUAGCUCCCGACCACAGUUCAUGGCCGGAACGAGCGCCUCCUCCUUCACUCCACACGUAAUCGGAUCCACCGUCUUCGAACUUUCCAGAAUUAACCGCACCACAGCUCCGUUUUUGGUCCGGAUCUCUGCCAGGGCCAAUGGAUCCCCCACCUGCGACGACGCCCUUGCCGAGGGUCCCUCUUGCAUAUUCGUUGGCCCUAUCGAGACCGCCAGCCAAGAAACCCUAGAAGCUCUUUAUCGUCAAGCACGGGACGCGUAUUACAGCGGUGAACCUUUGAUAGUUGAUGACAUGUUUGAUAGAGUAGAGUUAAAGCUACGGUGGUAUCGUUCGAAAUCCAUUAUCAAGUACCCUCGUUGUAGUCUUAGGCGGCAAUCAACCUAUGCAGAUGCAGAGGAAGAUCUAUCACAGGUUUUUGCAUUAGCGAGCAUAUGGAUCCUGUUUCUUGCAUUUGGCAGUUCAGCAUGUAUGGUGCCUAUGAUAUACACAGUUGGCCUAGCUUAUCAAGAUGCAUACAGUUCAGGAUCUUUUUACAGCAGUCAAGCACCUGUAUUGGAGUUUCUUGCCACGUUGAAUGGCAUUCUUUUUAUGGCAUUGGGUUCUGUGAUUGGCUACCCAAUUGCGUCAGCUUCAGUUAAAGUGCUACAAGGCCUUUGGAGGAAUGACUUAGUAGCACUUAAAGGGGCUUGCCCAAAUUGCGGGGAGGAGGUGUUUGCAUUUGUGAGACCAGACCAGUGCAAUAAGAGUCCCCAUAGAGCUGAUUGUCAUGUUUGUGGUUCCUUGUUAGAAUUCCGCAUCAAGGUUGAGCAAUCAGCUUCAAGAUUUGGUAGAGGUUGGGUUUAUGGCCGCAUAUACCUGGUACGAAGACGCAGAAACCGGCAGAGUUGGCUCUAAGACCUCUCUAACUGGUAGAUUUGGUCUCCGAAGAAUUGUAUAAAUAGCCAAGGUCAUAACUCCUUUUCUUUUUUUGGGUGACAUGGUGGUGAUAAUCCUAACAAAAAUUCAUUUGCUACAAGUCAAUAGCUAGAAUUUUUGUAUUUUAGAAUAAAGAAUGAGAUGGCUCCU